UUUUGUUCUACCCUGCUCUCUCAUUAAUUCUGAAUUUCUUACGCACAAAAACAUCGUGUAUAUUUUCAUUAUAUAUUUUAGGUGUAGCAACAUUGUCAGUAAUGCCGGCAUCAGAUGUUAUUGUUAACCAGACAGUAACGUUUGAGUGUCUGUACGCAAAUGGUCAAUCAGGAGCUUCCUUCAGUUAUGGACAAAGAGGAUGUGCGUUUGCAUAUGAUGUGUGUAGUGGAUGUCAGUUAUUUACUUCACUUGAGUGUCCAAACAACCAGACCUACAGGGUAUCAUUAACUGUUGAUUCUUCCUGGCACAAAGUAACAAUGUAUUGUGAACCGCCAUUUGGGGGUCCGAGAAGCAACACCAUCACAUUAAAUGUCACAAUACCUGUAACUACUGUGGUCCUGACCCCGCCUCAAUUAAUAGUCAACAGGAGUGAGAAGAUAACUCUGGCCUGUCAAACAGACUACUGUAACCCACCAGCCAAGAUCACGUGGUAUGAAGCAUCUUCUGACGUCACCAGUCAGGCCACGCCCACAGAAGAUACAAAUCAGGAGGACCUGGUGAGAACAACCUCAGUAUUACAGUUUACUGGCGUGGUAGGAGAGAACGGUCAACAAGUAUAUUGUGUAGCCAGCAACACUCAGGGACAUAGUGUAGAAUCCAACAGAUAUACCAUAGACGUGAAAUAUAUUUCAGAUGUAAAAAUCUUACCGGGCAGUAUGUUAAAGGUAGUAACUGGGCAAAGCAAUGUCUGGAUGUACUGUUAUACUGAAAAUCCAGAAGAUCUUGCUGAGUACAGCUGGACUAAGAUAAAUUCUAGUAAUUCCACAGUAGUGUCCACAGGUCAACUUUACGUUAUACAGACCGCCACCUUUGAGGAUGGGGGUACAUAUACCUGUAGAGCUUCAAACUCUGUGGGGAAUUCCAGCGGUUCUGUUGAAGUUUCAGUACAGUAUAUACCACUUGCGCCGGUAUUGGUACAUGUUGAUUGUAGGUCUACAGAAGCAUACGUUAUAUGGAAGUCGCCCUCCACAAAGGAUAAUAAUAACAUACACCAUACUCUUCAGCUCAGUGAAAGCAAAAAUAUGUUUCUAAAUGCAUCGUUUGAAAAAAUGAAUAGAACAGAUGACAUAGAAAUAAACAAUUUUAAAGUGACCAACCUGAAACCUGGAUCGGUCUAUAUAUUUAGAGUUUUGACCUCAAACCACUACGGCAUCGCUCUGUCCAAUAACCACUCAUGUGUAACAGACCCAGACAGGAUGGAGGACACAAAUAAGGGCUGUCCUACAGAGCAGAUAAUUGGAGGGACGUUAGGUGGCGCUGUAUUUACCACUAUUCUGCUGAUUGUUCCCUUUGCAUUAUGGAAAAGCAGAAAAGGAAAGGAAAAUGAAGGUUAG